UAUUCGGUUAGUGUUUAAUUUUAUCUAGAGCUUGCAAGGAUGUCACGACGUGCAGGAGGGUUCUGCUCUUUAAUAUAGCGCAAACUAGACCGACUCAACAGCGACAAACAAAUUUAAUACGACAAAGAAUUUUAUCUCGUUAUAUGUUUCCAUGCAUCCUGAGUCCUGACUCAGGGGAUCUGGAUUAAUCUUGCAGACGGCAGUGCGUAAUAUUAUCUUUCCGGCACUGGCCAGUUGCCAGUGAUCUGAUCAGUGAUCUAACACGGGCAGACAGACGCAGUAAAUAAUAAUCACGAACGGCGCAAUGCUGAUUUACGGCGAUCGGGUGUACGCGUGGAACGCUGUGGACGUUCUCGUCGACGGUCGACUGCAGCACGGCCGCGUCAUCAGCGUGGUGGACGGCGGCCUGAUGAUUGAUUUCCAGUGGGGCACUCACAGUCAGCUGACACAGCGCGCGCAGCGGGUGGAAUACGGACGCAUCUUCCUCUGCAGCCAGCCGCCUCCGGGGCUCUGCCAACUAAACAACGACGUUCGUGUACAGUGGGUGCAGGUGUUGUUGCGGUAUGAACCGGCGGCGGCCUGGAUCUGGUACCGGGGACAGGUUCGCUCCGUCGCCUCCUACCGCUACGAGGAGUUUGUCAGCGUCGUAGCGGAACUGCCGCUGGCUCUGGUUCGCGCUGGCUGGCCCAGGAGACUGCUGCCCUGCUUUGUCCAAGAACUGGUGCCUUGCCAGCAGGUGCGCGAAGUGCAGCCAUCCGCGGGCGUCGAUGGCGGUCGGCCACGCGUGGAGCAGGGGGCCUUCGUGAUCCGCUGCUGCCCGCUGCCGGCCACCGCGGUGGCCAAGCGGCUUGGACAGAUCUUCGAUGGUCGACGGCACAACGUCUUGUUCGUUUCCCGCUUCAAUCAGACCCUCCUGUAUCUGCAACGGGAGACGGGCACGGCGCUGACCGCCGAGCAAGUGGAACGUCUCUGUGCAGACCGCCGCCUACCCGAAGUAGGCUUCCGAACCGCGCCGCUCCUGAUGCCGCGUCCGGUGCCGCUGUUGAUAGCCAGUCCGCCCGCUCCACCGGCCUGGAAGCCGACCAGCUACCCGACCACCGGCCGUGCGGCGGCCGUCCCUCCCGUCAGCCUGCCGCUGCCCGUGGAGUUGUGGCUGGAAGUGCUGCGCUCGCUGGACUCCAUCGGGCGCGUCCGCUGCCGCCGGGUGUGUCCCCUGUGGAACCGCCUACUGGCCCGCCACGCCUACUUCCCCGAUGUGCGCGUCGCCGGCACAGAGGGGGAGUAUGCGGCCGACCCGGUGGGGCCGUUGGAGCUCGAGGGCCUCAGCGUGUACUGGGUGGUGGCCUGCCUGCUCAAGUGCCUGACGCCGCGCACCACACGGGCGGUCUUCGUCAACCUGGCGCUGGACGACGCCCGCCAGCUGUCCGCACCGCUGCGGCACAUGCUGCAGGAGCGCCGCCUACCGCUGCUGCUCUUCUACAAGUGCCGGUUCGGUGCCGCCGACGCCGGCAUCCACGAGGUCGUGGCCCGUACCAGUGAGCUGGCCGUGCAGUGUCAGUGCGAGCGGAUGUUGUGGAAGCGGUGCCGCCUCGUGGAGUCCCAACUGGCGGCACUGGUAGUGCAGCACUCCUUCAGUACGCCGUGUACAAGUCAGCCGGAGACGGAGCGGCAGUUGUGGAGUGUCUGGGAGCAGCAUCUCCGGCACCAGCAGGCGCCAGCCAGCAACCGCCAGCAGCUGGCCGCAUGGCUGGCUGACUGCAUUGCGCACCAGCGCCAGCGGGAGGUUGAGAUUAACAAGAUUCUGCGGGGCCUCAACUGCUACCAGAGCCUGGAUCCCCGCGAGUCCACGCAGUACCGCCAUGUCCAGUGGACGCUGUCCAGCCUGGGCGACGUGGACGUCAGUCGGCUGAGUCCCCUGACGACGGCGUUCCUCCACGCGGCCCUGCUCUUCUUCCAGCGGACUCAGCUGAACGUGUUCCGUGGAAUCCGCGCAAUCCGACCCCGGCCGACGGAGACGUGA